GGACCAAUGGCUCCGAAAGAGAGGCGAGCCCACCGGUCAUCCGCGGUAUUUAAAGCCCGACACGAUGGAAAGUUCGUGAUAAGAUAUACUCACUCGCUCACGGGAUCGUCGUCGCGGGAUUCUACACGUUUCUUCCUUUCGUAUCUUUCCUAGAGUCGUCUCGAGAUGACCACCUACACCGACAAAGGACCAAAGCCCGUUGGUGGGAAGUUCCUCAGCUUCGACCACGUGAAGUUUUGGGUCGGAAACGCAAAGCAGGUCGCCAGUUUCUAUCGAUGCCGGAUGGGCUUCGAACCUUUGGGAUAUCGUGGUUUGGAAACUGGUUCCAGACGAACAGCUGCGCAUGCUGUCAAGCAGGACAAAAUUAUAUUUGUAUUCGAGUCACCCUACGAGCCCGACGAUGAAGAGAUGUCGAAACAUCUUACUAAACACGGAGACGGAGUGCGAGAUGUGGCGUUUAGUGUCGAAGACAUCGACACCAUUGUAAAGGUUGCCAAGCAAAAAGGUGCCAAGAUAGUGCGCGAUAUAUGGGAAGAGAGUGACGAGUACGGCAUCAUAAGAAUGGCUACUGUGAAAACCUACGGUGAUACGCUUCACACACUCAUCGAUCGGACAAAGUACAAGGGCUUCUUCCUCCCUGGCUUCGCGAAAGCACCGGUAGACUGUCUUCUCAAACAAUUACCACAGACGAAUCUGAAUUUCGUGGAUCAUGUAGUGGGUAAUCAGCCCGACAAGCAGAUGGAACCUGUCGCUAAAUGGUACGAGGAAUGUUUGCAAUUCCAUCGAUUUUGGUCGGUGGACGACACACAGCUCCAUACGCAGUACUCGGCACUACGGUCCAUCGUCAUGACGAAUUGGGAGGAGACGGUGAAGAUGCCGAUCAACGAGCCCGCGGCGGGCAAAAAGCGCUCACAGAUCCAAGAGUACGUCGAGUACUACGGCGGUGCCGGUGUGCAACACAUCGCCCUCAAUACCAGCGACAUCAUUACAGCGAUAACGCAUUUACGUGCACGAGGAAUGGAAUUUCUCGACGUGCCUGAUAGUUACUACGAUAUGCUGAGGAAUCGCCUGAAGGUCAGCGGCACGAAGAUCGUGGAGGACUUGGAUAUGCUGCAGAAACUGAAGAUACUGAUAGACUAUGACGAAAACGGCUACCUUCUACAAAUAUUCACGAAGAACAUGCAAGACCGGCCGACGCUGUUUCUCGAAGUCAUACAGAGGCGCAAUCAUAACGGCUUCGGUGCCGGCAACUUCCAGGCAUUGUUCGAAGCAAUUGAAUUGGAACAAGCGAAACGCGGAAAUUUAUAAAAUAUCCCGAUACACUUAUAAAACUAUUAACAUGAUCGAUUAGCUUCAAGCCAGUUCCACACGAUCAUACAAUACGAUAGCGAACGUAUAUUAUCGUUAGUUAAUGUAAUUGGUUAUUUCGUAUCAUUUUUUUUUUAUUUUAAUAAAUGAAUUGUUAUAUUAGCUAAAUAUUGGUCCAACCUUGCCAUAUCGUGUGAAGCCGACUUUAAGCGUUUGUUGAACGUAUAAUAAAUUCGUCACGACCAAUUAAUUCCGUAUUCUUGUAUUUAAUGGCCAACAGUCGUAUUACAAAAAUACACAGCAUUAAUGUAAAA